GUUUAUUUUGUCCCGCUGUUCGACCGCGGCAGAGCGGAACGUUUACUCGACGUUUCGGCGCUCUGGCCCGCGAUAGAGAAGCUAGGAGCUAGCGUGCUAACAGGAUAACUGUCCAACACGGACUCCCAAAACUUUUCAGAUCCAGGAAAACAUCAGUGUCCCUUUACCUGUGGUAACUAAAAGAAAUGUCUAUCGAAGAGCAAAGUGCGAAAGCUGGCAGUCCAAAGGCCAGCUCAGCAUCACCUCUGCAGCUUUCAGACUGCACUGGAGGGUACAGCAGUGUCUCUGUGAUGAUGGAGGAAGCUGCAGCAACCCCUGACUUUGCAGCCGCUUGUCCUAUCCCAGACACUGCGUCCUCCCCAAACCACACAAGCACAGACAGCGCCGGACAGAGAGCCAAAGGAAAUGAGAACAGCAUCCAUCGCAAGAACAGCUUCCAACCUUCUAAACAGCAACAACAGCAGCAGCAGCAGCAAUCGAGGCUAACGAAGCGCCGCUACACAGCGAGUUCUAGCUUCAAACAUCCCACAUCUGGGAAGAGGAGACGAAGGGCCAACUCUGAGAGCGACUCCGUCCUGCCAACCAAUUUUCUCUUGGGAGGCAACAUUUUCGACCCACUGAAUCUCAACAGCCUGCUGGACGAAGAAGUCAACCGGGCACUUAACGCAGAAACGCCAAAAUCUUCCCCGCUGCCGUUGAAGAGUCGAGACCCCGUCGAGAUUCUUAUCCCCAGGGACAUCACAGAUCCUCUGAACCUGAACAGUGGGAUAACAGGCAGCAGCUUUUUGGUGUCCCCGUAUAAAAGUGGUGGAAGAAAAAGACACCGCAACAGACACCAUGGAGGAGGAGCCGGAAGCGCCAGCGGGAUUUCAACCACACAGAUGAGCUUAUCAGAAUCUGAAAAAAGUGAGGUCAAAGCCAACACCUCCACAGAACCUCCAGGUAUACCAGGUUCAUCCUCUGCACAAGAUGCCUUCAAAGAGUUCACCAGCUCGUCAAGUGUCACAGCAGAUUCCAACGAACACACUGCUAAUAACUCAUCUGGCAGCAAGGAUGAGAUGACCUCUGUACCAGUAGAGGAAGGUACUUCUUUCUCAUCUGCAGGAUUAAACCACCAGACAAGCAGACGCAAGCGAAGGCGCAACUCUGGCAAAAUGGAGCCCCCCGUCACCCACUCUACACCCAUUUGCAAGGCAGGAUCUGGCGGUAGAAGCUGUGGCACAGCGGGGCAAAGAAAUUCUUUCCAAACACCAAGCGGUGAUGGUCCAGGACUUCGCCAGCACCAGCAGCACCACAAUCAGGCAAAGGAACAUCACAAGAAGUUCCAGUAUGGGAACUACAACAAGUAUUAUGGAUAUCGCAACCCAAACUGUAGUGAAGACCCUCGUAUACACGUGCUUCGUCAAGAGUGGUUCGAAGGUAAAAAUGUUCUGGACCUGGGGUGCAACUCCGGCCACCUGACCCUCUAUAUUGCCAAAAUGUUCAGACCGGCACGUAUAUUGGGUCUGGAUAUCGACAGCGGUCUCAUACAUGCAGCUCGUAAGAACGUUAGACAUUAUCUGUCUGAGCUACAGACCCAAGAGGCAAGGCUUGCAGUGCGGGGGAAAAACCCUGUCCAACAGGGAGAGAACGAUGGGAACGAUUGCCAGGCAGGCACAGAGAAGAAGCACGAGAAAGCUGAGAGCGGAGCUCAAAAUGGGGAAGCAGAGAAAGGACAGAGCGGCCCUGAAAAUGCUUUAACUGACGGAGACUUCAGUCACACAGAUGAUGUGGGGACCCAGAGACAGGACGGUAAAACGGAUGACAUGGAGCGAAAACAUUGUGAUGCACCCCCUGCUGAUUGCUCUGCAAGCUGCUCUUUCCCUGUGUCUCUGCGGAUCUCCAGGGGACCCAUUGCUGCGCCGCCGAUAACAGAAACAUGUACCGCUCAGCCCGGGCAGUUCCCCGCUAACGUAUCCUUCCUCAAGGCUAACUAUGUUUUGGAGAACGAUAAUCUCCUUCUGACUCAGAGGGCAGAGUAUGAUGUGAUCUUGUGCCUCAGCGUUACCAAAUGGGUUCACCUAAACUGGGGAGACAGUGGUCUGAAGCGGCUCUUCAAAAGAGCCUACAGACACCUCCGUCCUGGAGGCUUGUUCAUCCUGGAGCCGCAGCCCUGGGAGUCCUACGUGAGGAGGAAGAAGCUGACAGAAAACAUUAACAGGAAUUAUCGCAGCAUCAGACUCAAACCUGAUCAGUUUCCGUCUUAUCUCACAAAUGAAGUGGGCUUCACAAGUUUUGAGCACCUCGGGUCUCCUAGGUGUUCAGUAAGAGGUUUUCAGAGGCCAAUCUAUGUUUAUCACAAAUGACCACCUCUGCCUUGAACAACACUGAAUGUGAGUAGCCGAAAGCCACCACCUUUGUUUCAGCCUAGCCAGCUUCACUGGACUGCGACGCAUCAUCCUUAACAGAUGGGGUUAGCUCUCGAUGCUGAAGAUCAAAGUUUAAAGGAAAAGAGCCACAGGGACCAAAAGUGGAAUUGAUUUCUCUGUCAACAGGAUUCAUCUUAUCAAAACAACUCUGCUAGUAACUAUCAGUUUGGCCAGACUGCAGGAAGAAACCCCGACCUGAUCCCUCCCUUGAACUGUCCGAGUGGUAAUGAUCCCCCAGACUGAUGCGUGACCAUAAACUGUUUGCUCGGAUGUCGUCACAUUCAUAAUGUUCUGUCUUGCCACAUCAGUAGACAUAGUAGACCAAGGGUUUCUCAACUAGUUAUUAUCACUGUUUUAACAAGCUUUAGAUGUUCUAGUCAUCAGAUGUAGGUUCUGUCUGCAGGACUGGGGUGUACCACUAAAACGCGGGGUUACUGAACUGGCUGUAUACCAAGAAGAAGCCUUUUGAAAAUCCACACGCAAAUGCAGCUGAUUUUCUAGUUAGUGGUGAAUGAGAUGGCGGAGAAACAACAACCUGCAGGUUAAUGAUUUUUACCCCCGAAAGCAAAUAUCUGCGCUUAUGUUGCUGUUUUCAAACACUUAAAAGCCAAGGAGUUCAUUUAUUUGUCCUAUAGUCCCACAAUGGUGUGUAGGUUGUCUUUGUUUUUAGGGAAAUGUGGCUAACUCAACAAGUCCUAUAAAGAUCAAAUAUGACAAUCUAAAAAAGUACAUUUUGUUUUCUUCCAUUUCUAAAUUUUUACUUCCUUGUUUUCUGCUCAGCCAGAGGCUGAUUCUGAAGAGUAGUGGCGUACACCUUAGAAACGUGAAUAAGACUCAUAAGUAGAGAUGCACCAGUCAGACAUUUGUGGCCAACUUCCAAUUUUCAACUUUUAUACAACUUUAACCUACAGAUAGGGAUUUUAGCUGAUUUUCUUUUCUCUUGAGGACAAAUUAUAUAAGUAGAUAAAAAAAAAAAAAACAGCAAUAAAAAUCUUUCUGUAGCCUUUGUAUGGUUAGCAGUCAUUUAUUGUUCAUAAUAAGAGCAGAGGGGAUGUCAUCCUGCUGUCUACUAGAGCAGUCGCUUGAAAAGAGGGUUUACCUCAUUUUUUAACACCAACUAAAUGAUUACAGAGUUCACAUUUUAAAACCAUUAGCAUCUUAUGUUAGUGAUUAGCAUGAUUAGCAAUUGCUUAAAACCAGUCUCUGUGUGUAUAUUCAAAAUAAUAUAUAUCCUUACCUUAAAUCUGAGAUUAUCAAGAGGAUGCAACUUUUCCAAAGAAUUGUUGAAACCUCAAAAGGAUAAAAUGGUAACUUUGCUGUUAUUCUUUCAGCCUUCCUGUUAUCUGCUGAAAGUCUUGCUCUCUUUCCCUCUCUUGCAGCUUGAAUGAACUGCAGACGUCUCGGCAUGUUGAAGUAAAAAAUAUAUCUUUUUAAAUUGGUUCUCACAGCUCUGUGCUUCCUGUGACUUUAUUAUAAACACCUCUCUGAUUGUAGAUGACUCACUUCACUCAGUACCAGAUUCUAUACUGAAGAGUGUUGUCAGCGUUACCUGUUAACACAAAGUAGCCUAAGCUAUGUUUACAAAGAGGCAAAACAUCAGAUUUUCUCUGAAAAAUUAGACUAUGUCUUGGUGCAUCUCAAUAAUAACUAUACAGUCAACAAUCAUAAUAUUCUGUCAUUUAAGGAGAAAUGGAAAUAGUAUUUAAAGCUGACACAAGACAUGCCUAAAAAGCACAGUUAAAGUUUUGCCCUGAAGCAUCAACCACCCUUUUCAUUCGUAGCCCCCAUAGUCAGUGCUCUUUUUUUCUUUAGAUUUUUUUGAUAAUCCAUCCUCGAGCCCAAAGCAGGCCUGUUCUUAUAAUUUGCCACCACUUCCUUCUUGAGCUGUGUCCUCUGUGAGAUACCGAAGGAGCUAAAGAAUCAAGUAGAAAGUAUGGAACGGGGACAGAUUUAUAGAGAGGCUGCUUUGGUCCUCGCUUUUGUGCAGGGAGGAAAUAAAAAUAGAGGAUUUUCUUGCUCUUUGAGACUAAACUGUUUUUAUUUGUAGAAAAUGAAACGUUCUUUCAGAGGAAACAUACCCUUUUAUUUAAUUUUUUUACCCAGAUUCGAAGAAUAGUGUGAUGUUUGAUUUGAUGUGUUGCCGAAACCAUUUCUGAUACUUUGAUGAUUUUUUGUCAAUGUUUUGGUCUAUAAGCCCCACAAAGUCUAACAGUGUAUCGAGCGGUUAUAAUUGUGCGCUGAACCCCACUGAUUUGUGCAUCCAGGACAGAAGACCUUCCAUUUUUCAGGAAUUGUUGAUAUUGUUUGGAAUAUGUUAACCAGUGAAUGACAGGGGCGGAUGAUUUGUUUCUAAUUCAGCAAGUGAUCACUGUAAAUAAGUCCUUGUAUUUUAUUUUAUUUGUUUUCUGUUGUCAAUAUUUUGUUCUUAACUAUGUUUUACGUUUUAAAAUUUUCCUGUUUUCAGAUGUUUGCUGCCAAUUCAUGUGUGGAGCUGCAGGUCUUUUUGUCCUUAAAGAUUUGAUAAUCCAGCGUUGUAUUUACAAAUGAAUGUAGACAUUCUUACAAUGUUUUUGCUUUAUUACGCCCUGAUGGGUACAUUUAUUGUUCGGUUUAGUGCUUUUUUUGUUUUGGAUAAAUUGUUUGAAAGGAG